CUUCUAAACUGGCUGUAUACUCAAUUUGCACAGCUCAGUUAGCCAGAGGAGCUGAGACAUCCGUUUCCCCCUACAAGAAACUCUGGAUCAAACAAGAUGGAUUAUCAAGUGUCAAGUCCCAGCUCUUACAUCGAUUACGAGACGUCAGAACCCUGCGUUAAAAUUGACGUGAGGCAAAUUGCAGCCAGGCUCCUGCCCCCGCUCUAUUCUCUAGUGUUCAUCUUUGGUGUCGUGGGCAACCUGCUGGUAGUUCUCAUCCUGAUCAACUGCAAAAGGCUGAAGAGCAUGACUGACAUCUACUUGCUCAACUUGGCCAUCUCUGACCUGCUUUUCCUUCUUACCCUCCCAUUCUGGGCUCACUAUGCCGCCGCCCAGUGGGACUUUGGAAAUGCAAUGUGUCAGAUUUUGACAGCAGUCUAUUACAUAGGCUUCUUCUCUGGAAUCUUCUUCAUCAUCCUUCUGACAAUAGACAGAUACCUGGCCAUCGUCCACGCUGUGUUUGCUCUCAAGGCCAGGACAGUCACCUUCGGGUUGGUGACAAGUGGGAUCACCUGGGUCGCGGCCAUGCUUGCCUCUCUCCCAGGAAUGAUCUUUACCAAAUCUCAAAAAGAAGCUUCCCGUCAUACCUGCAGCCCUCAUUUUCCAGCCAGUCAAUAUCAUUUCUGGAAGAAAUUCCAGACAUUAAAGAUGGUCACCUUAGGCCUGGUGUUGCCCCUGCUCAUCAUGGUCAUCUGCUACUCAGGGAUCCUGAGAACCCUGCUUCGAUGUCGGAGCGAGAAGAGACACAAGGCUGUGAGGCUCAUCUUCACCAUCAUGAUUGUCUACUUUCUUUUCUGGGCUCCCUACAACAUCGUCCUCCUCCUGACCACCUUCCAGGAAUUCUUUGGCCUGAAUAAUUGCGAUAGUUCUAACAGACUGGACCAAGCCAUGCAGGUGACAGAAACUCUCGGGAUGACGCACUGUUGCAUCAACCCUGUCAUCUAUGCCUUCGUCGGGGAGAAGUUCAGAAGGUAUCUCUCGGUGUUCUUUCAGAAACACAUCGCCAAGCACUUUUGCAAACUCUGUCCCAACUUCCAAAAGGAAGUCCCUGAGCGCGUAAGCUCAGUUUAUACCCGAUCUACUGGGGAGCAGGAUAUCUCAGUUGGCUUAUGAGCUGGACUCAAGCUGGCCUAUGACCUGGACUGCAUUGUGUCUGUGACUCAGUUUUUAUACACAUCCUGGGGGGUGGGAGUGAUUCUUUUAAAAAAAGAAGUUACUGUCACAGAGAGUCCAAGAUUCGCCCCCUAUUUGACAUCUCUUUUGAGUAUAUUGGAUCUUUUAAGCCCAGCAGCUUUCUAAGCUGAAUCCAAAUAUGUUGAUGAAAUAGCAACCUUCUCAUGUCCCCACCACUUUUAUUAGGUUAUUGGCAAACUCUUCUUUCACUGAAAAAGUUGCCUAUAUAAAAGCAAUCCUCAGAGAACUGCUGAUUCUUCAGUGUAUCUGAAAAAAAAAAAAUCAAGAAGCGUUUUGUUCAGGUUCAUAGCUUGUUCAAGGCAACAUACAGAUUGUAAAUGUGUUGAAAAUAGAUCUUUGGUGAUUAGAAUGAAAGAUAAAAAUGUGAUCAGUUAAGAAAUGGUAUCUUCCUUGUGUGACUUCCCCAGAAAGUUCCAUAGACUUUCAGGAUCAGGUGAGCACCCCGUGGUCUAGAACAGCUGAGAAUGCUUCUUUUUUUUGGGGGGGGGUUAGGGGAGGGGUACUGGGGAUUGAACCCUGGGGCACUCAACCACUGAGCCACAUCACCAGCUCUAUUUUGUAUCUCAUUUAGAGACAGGGUCUCACUGAGUUGCUUAGCGCCUCACUUUUGCUGAGGCUGGCUUUGAACUUGCCAUCCUCCUGCUUCAUCCUUCUACGCCAUUGGGAUUAAAGGUGUGCACCACCAUGCCUGGCAUGAGAACGCUUCUUCAUGAGAAGGAAUUUGAGUUGGAUCAUCAGUCGGUGGAGAGGCUGAAACCUGUGCUUCAGGCUGCAGAACUGUGUGUGCAAAGCUUGUGCUUCAGGCUGCAGGAUUGUGUGUGCAAAGCUUGGCUAUACGAAGACACUGGGUUGGUUGGGAGAGAGCCUGGGGAGGAAGGACAGAGUCGGAUCACAAGGAGCUUGACACCACUGCUCUAUCAGAGUCAUGAGCAGAGCAGAGCUCCCUGGCCUGUGAGGCAUAAGACUUAUUUCAUGGCAAUGGAUGGCCUGGAAAGGUGAGCAUUUAGGGCCUGAAGACCAACAGCAGUAAGGUGGGAGGGGAAUGGCUUCCACCAAGGAUCAGGCCCCGCUCCCAUGGGGGAGAGAAGGUUAGUACGGCAUUUAGGGUAUAAAGUUAGCAGAACAUGUAUGAAUUUUGAAUUGGAGGUUGGAUGGCAAAGAGGAGUCGGGGAGGACCCUGAGGCUUCAAGCCCAUCAGAGAAGGCCUUGAAGAGACAUCAAAAACGAAGGGAGAAGGGUUAGGUAGAGAAGAAGGGGUUUGGGCAUCAGAGGAUGAGUCCCAUUUUCUGAGUUGAAUCUUGCCUUCCCCAGAGGGGCUCCAGGCUGUCUUCACUGAAGGCUCCUGUCUGCAGAGCUGUCCUCCUCGUCCCAGCUAGGAUCAUGGGGUCCUUCCACGAGGCUCAGAAACACUAGAUUUGUGAAUAGCUGAGCUGAGGUCUACAAACACAUUGUGGAUCACACGGGAGUUCUAGGUGAGGAUGGCUCAUGUAGUUGAAAUCCAGAGGGCUGGGAUGUAGGUCAGUGGUUGAGCCCUUGCCUGGCAUGCAUGAAGCCCCAGUUCCUUCCACAACUCCACAAAAACAACAAACAAACAAACAAACAAACAAAUCCAGAGUGUUAUAAUCUCACACAAGAAGGCCCAAAGAGGUGAGGGGAAGCUCUCUUGCCCAAGAUUCUGUCUGCUCAGAAGCGUGAGCUCUCUGGAUUUACCUAUCUAUAUGCAAAGGGGGAAGUAACACAUACAUUUGGAAACAAGUUGCCCUGAGUUUCAGAAGCCACAAAAGUACAAUUUACUAACCUCCAUGUUUCAGGCCAAGUGUGGGGGUGCUGGAUACUUUUUGCAGAAGCCUCCAGAAGAACUAUACCCAAACAUUUAGGGAUGCAUUCUCUUCAAGGGAGGGUGGGAUUUUUUGUUUUUGUUUUUGUUUUUGUUUUUACAUCCCUGGGGUUGUUUGAACUUCAGAGUUGUUAAGACAAUCACAGCAAAGGCUACGUUAGGAAACAUAAGUGGGUAAGAAUCACUCAGGGGAUUAAAGGGUCAGAAUGAUCAGAAGUGCUACUGGUUUUUCUCAAGCUUCUGAAUGUGAAACUAGGGCAUGUGGCUGUCAGCAGGAAAUGAACAAAUGGAAAUGUCUUUCCUUUGUUCCGAAGGUCAUUGAAAGUGCAUGCGGAGCUACACCCCUCACCCCAAGUCAGUCCAAACAUCUGACAUCACUGAGGGUCCAAGAUUCAUCCAAUCUCUUUACCUAUCCAUAUGCAAAGGGGGGAAAUGACACCUACAACUUGUUUCCAAAUGUAGUUUCUUCCAAACUCCUUGGAAGAAAAUAUGCCUCUAAUAAAAACCACCUUAUAAAUAUAA